UCCUGCCCAGGGCGGGGCUCGGCUCUGGCGGUCCCAGCCAGACAGCAGCCGGAGCGGAGGACAGCGGCGUGGUCAGCAGCAGAGGACAUGGGGCAAAGAGCAGGGUGCGGAGAGAUGCUGCUCUCGGGGCCCAGGGCAUUGCUGCUGCUCCUCACCUUGCUCCUCGUCCCUGCCGGCUGGACACUCCCGGGGGUCAGCGGUCAGCGAGGAGAUGACGUGACUGAAGAAACAUUCACAGACGAUCCUUAUCUGGUGAAUGACCCUUCCACGGAUGAGACAGGCAAGUUGCACGGAAAUCCUGAAGUGCUGGCGGAUGUCCAGCCUUCCGCGGAUGAGCUGGCUUUGGCCAAUGAUAAAAACGCCACUGCAGAGUGCCGGGAUGAGAAGUUCACAUGCACAAGACUCUACUCGGUGCACCGGCCCAUCAAGCAGUGCGCCCACCAGGUCUGCUUCACCAGCCUGCGGCGAACGUACAUCAUCAACAAGGAGAUCUGCUCCCGCCUUGUCUGUAAGGAGCACGAAGCCAUGAAAGACGAGCUGUGCAGGCAGAGGGCAGGCCUGCCCCCCAGGCGACUCCGCCGCUCCCGCUACUUCCGACCUCCGCCCUGUGAGGACGCCGACCCGCACAGACCCAGGGGCCCGUGAUGUCGUCGGGAAGACGCAAGAGGGAAAACUCCAGCCAAUCCGCUUCUAAUGGCCAGCUUCGCCCCUGCUUCCUAACUUUUCACGGAGCCGCGUAACAUUUAUCUCGUUUUUCGGUAUUUUAAAUACAUUGUCGCAUAGUUCUGCUGCUGCCCGGUAUCAUAGGCACAGUGGGUAAAUGCCAACCACCCGGCUGAUACAGGAAAAAUCUAAGUACAGUUUUCAGAACAGAAUAAACUUUGGAUUCAUGUUUUG